AGGUGAGCCGGGUGCUGCGCCCAGGGGGCUGCUUCAUCUCCAUCACCUUCGCCCAGCCCCACUUCCGCAAGCCCCACUACGCCCAGGAGGCCUUUGGCUGGUCCCUGCGCCACGCUGCCUGCGGGGACGGCGACGCCGGAGCCUUCCACUAUUUCCUGUAUGUGAUGCGCAAGGGGCAGCCCCUGGAGCCCCGGGAUGUGGCCCUGGGGCGCCGCCUGCACCAGCCCCCCUCGGGCCCCGCCCCGCCGCCGCCCCCCGCCCCCCCGGACGAUGAUGAGGACUAUCUGCUCGCCAUCCAGCUCUGACCCGGGGCUCACCCAGGUCCCAGCAAAACCUUAAGGUGCUCCAUCCUCACAGGUGGGAGACAGGGAACCGGUGCAUCCCCCUGCGAGCUGCCCAGUGGUGUGGGUGAUGGGGGGCAAGAGGGGGAUGCUUGGCCUCCUCCGGGGGGCACAGGGAUGCUCUGGUGAUUCUGUGCCCCCUCCCUGGCCUUUCCUUGCUGAGCUGGAGAGCAGCCAGGGCUCCAGGCUUUGCAGCCAGUAAUGAAACCAAAUCGGGUUUAAUUUCACCCAUCCGUCUUGCAGGGAGUGGCUCCCUGUCCCCCAUCCCUUCCCCUUGGCACGGACAGCCAGGCUCAGGGCAGAAUGGGGGUGCUGGCACUGGCUAUGGGGGGCAGGAUUGGGGGUGCCCACUGCUCCAUCCCCCACACUGGGCCUGGGGGUGUGCAAGGGCACCGUGUCCUUGUCACCCCCUCCAAGUACUGGGGGAUCCAGCCUGCAAUGUGCCAGCAUGGGGCAGGCGGUGCCACAGGACAGGAAGGGCAGCAUAUCUGCUUCUUUCCCCAUCCAUCCCCACUUCUGCUUGUGCUGACAGUUCCAGUGUGCUGCACACGCCUAGUCCGUGUCCCCCUGUGCCUGGGGCCAGCAGCACGGUGACACGUGUGUGCCAGGGUGGGUGAUGGGUGAGCCACCGUGUGUGUGCUGCUGGGGCAGGUGCAUGGGUGCCACUGGCAGUGUCCCCAGAGGCUCUCUGGGCAGCAACUCCCCCUGGGUGGGCUAAAGGGACCCUCCUGGGCAGUGACAGCACAGAGGCCGAGCUGCUGGGCUGCUCUCUCAGGCAGAAGGUGUAAGUGGGUCAGCCAGCGGCUCCCCUGCACCAGGAGCCAGCCAAGGGCUCCAGGGUCAGCCCCCACCUGGCCAUGCCACCCCAUCCCACAGACACCCCAAAAACCAGCUGGCAGAGGAAGGGACAGAAAGGAGCAGGCGACUGCCGGCUUCACCUGGGUACAUGAAUGUAUUUUAUUCAUUGCAUUUUGUUCACCAGUACAGUGAAAAAUGGCAUUUAAAUUUACAAUGGAUCAUUCGUAGAACAUCAUGACACAAGUAUCUUUUUUUUUCUUUUUUUUUUUUCUUUUUUCCUCAGUUUUUUGUUUGGUUUUUUUGUUGUGGUUUUUUUUUUUUUUUGCGUCGUUGUCUCCAUAAAUGCCACUCGUAGGUUAUUGAAAAAGAUGACAAGUUUCUCAUGCACAUCAGAACCCCCCGAGAAGCUUCUUAAAAAAUAAAAUUAAAUUAAAGUAUAAAAUUAAAAACAACGACUCAGGCCGGUCCCUGCCCUCCCCGCUCUCCCCUGACCCCAGCACCCUCAAGCGAGGGGCAGUGCUGGGACCCCCCCUGGCACCUGCAGCCGGCCCCGAUGGGCUCUGCCCCGGUGCUGCCGGGAAGGAACUGCAGCGGCUGGUGCUGCUGCGAAACCCGCCGGUGCUCCUGCUGCCUGCCAGCGGGGGUCGGGCCAGGGGUCCCUGCUCCCCUCCCUCCUCCUGUGGCUUUCCUCAUGCUCCCUCCAUCACUCUCGCCCCCCCUUUAAUUUUUGCCCUCGUUUUUUUCUUCUUUUUUUGUCUUUUUUUUUCUUAUGGAAAAAAA